CAGAAACAGAGAAAGCAUGGAAGACGAAGACAGAGUGCAACAUACAGCGUCGUCAUCUCAAAAGAGCAAGACAGUGAUAACGAUACCAUCUUUCCAAGAAGUUAUAGAGAGCUCGCAGUCAAAAUCAACCCCACCUUCUCUGUUUGCUCCCUCCAAAACCUUUUCUCAAGCUUUCGCCUUCGUCAAAUCCUCUGAGUUUUACUCUCCUCCUCCUCCUCCCUCCGCCACACCCCCAAAACCCACAGAAGCCUCUAACUCAAGGGGAACUGGGCAAUCUGACGUUCCAUCUUCAUCUGCUCCUGCUAAUGCUGUUGCAUCUUCAUCGUCUGUGCAGCGUCGCAAUGCGAUUCUUGUGAGCAACAGACAGAAGGGAAACCCCUUGCUCAAACAUAUCAGAAAUGUGAGGUGGGAAUUUGCAGAUAUUGUAUGUGACUACUUACUUGGACAAAGCUCAUGUGCUCUCUAUCUAAGUCUUCGUUAUCAUCUGCUGCACCCAGAUUAUCUAUAUUACCGUAUUAGAGAAUUGCAAAAGAACUACAAGCUUCGGGUCAUACUUUGUCACGUUGAUGUGGAGGACGUAGUUAAGCCAUUACUUGAAGUCACUAAAACUGCCAUGCUUCAUGAGUGUACCCUAUUAUGUGCUUGGAGCUUGGAGGAAUGUGGACGCUACUUGGAGACGAUAAAAGUCUAUGAAAACAAACCUGCUGACAUUAUUCAAGGUCAAAUGGAUACAGACUAUCUAUCACGGCUAAAUCAUGCGCUAACGACUGUACGACACGUCAACAAGACUGAUGUUGUAACCCUUGGAACUACUUUUGGGUCUCUUUCCCAUGUCAUGGAUGCUUCAAUGGAAGAUCUGGCUCGUUGCCCAGGCAUAGGAGAGCGUAAGGUAAAACGUUUGCAUGACACAUUCCAUGAACCAUUUAAGCGUGUGGUUGCCAGCCGCCCUGCUGUUCCAGAAUCAUCUCCUCUGGACAAUGCCGAACCUCUUUCAGUGACUGAAGAUAAAGAUAAAAAGGACACCGGAGAAGAAAGCAAACACAGGAACAAAGAACCAGAACCGACUGUUAAGUCUGCCCUGUCUGCUGCUUUUGCCAAAUAUGCUGACAGAGUUCAGAAAAAGAAAUCACCACAGUUGGACAACAGAGAUGCAAGUGUGGUCAUGGAAGGUGAACCUGAACAGGAAAAGUUGUAAUGUCAUUGGUUCAAAGCUUCAAAUUGAUUCGUGGGAAGAACAUGUAAGCUUCCAGUUUAUCUGAAGUUUGCUUCAAGUCAAGUUUCUCUAGCUCCAUUCUUAGUUUUUUUUUUUUGGACAGAUCAUUCUUAGGUUUUAGAAAAUGUAAAUGUUUAUAUGGAUCAUUCUUCUGUUUAUAUCAAUCUUGAGACUU